AUGAUUAACGUUCUUUCCAGGAUAAUCAAAACAUCGAAACUACCCAUACAACAACAAUCGCUGGUAGCAUUUUCGAUUCGUUUGGCUAGCAAUGAAGCAUCUUUUCAAACCAAACCAUAUAAGCUACAUCGAUUAGAAUCUGGACCAUCAACGAAUAUUUCUGUCACAAGAAAUGAUGCUUUGGAUUACUAUCGUAAAAUGGUGGUAAUCCGACGGAUGGAAACAGCAGCAGGAAAUCUUUAUAAAGAAAGACUUGUCCGUGGUUUCUGCCAUUUAUAUGCAGGACAGGAAGCGAUCGCAGUUGGACUUUGUGCAUCGAAGGAUAAUGAAGAUGCUAUAAUUACUUCAUAUCGUUGUCAUGCGUGGACCUAUUUAACUGGAUCGGGAAUCUCGCAGAUUUUGUCGGAAUUAACAGGUCGACGUACUGGUAACGUGUAUGGAAAAGGUGGCUCUAUGCAUAUGUAUAACAAAAAUUUCUUUGGCGGUAAUGGCAUUGUUGGUGCACAGCAAGCACUUGGAGCUGGUUUAGCAUUUGCGCAUAAAUAUAAUAAGAAAAAGAAUGUUUCAUAUACUCUGUUUGGUGAUGGUGCAGCAAACCAAGGACAACUUUAUGAAGUCAUUAAUAUGUGUGCACUAUGGGAUUUACCAUGCAUAUUCAUUUGCGAAAACAACGGAUAUGGUAUGGGUACACCAGCUGAUCGUGCAUCUGCUGUAACAGAUUACUACACACGUGGCGAUUAUAUACCAGGUGUUUGGGCUGAUGGUAUGGAUGUUCUUGCCGUUCGUGAAACAAUUCGAUGGUCAAAAGAAUACUGCAAUGCUGGGAAGGGACCUCUUAUGCUAGAAUUUGCUACCUAUCGAUAUUCUGGCCAUUCCAUGUCUGAUCCGGGAACAAGUUAUCGAACUCGAGAUGAGGUACAGCAAAUGCGCAAAACUUGUGAUCCAAUCACAGGUUUCAGAGAUAAGAUCAUUGCUGCCGGAUUAGCUUCUGAGGAAGAAUUAAAAGGGAUUGAUAAAGAAGCCAAGAAAGAGGUUGAUGCAGCCGUAAAUAUAGCUCGAACCGAACCUCCACUUCCACCAGAAUCACUUUACUGUGAUAUCUACCAUAACACACCUCCUCAAUAUGUACGUGGUGUCACCCUAGAUGAAAGUGUCGUACAAAAACAUUGCCGAACUGAAGAUUUAAUGAAAUCAUUAGGAUUGAACGCUUAA